CGGUCUAGAACGUUCAGCCUUUAUUGGGGUGGAUUGUGUGGGAGACGGGGGUAGUGGUUAUGGAGUGCUCAUCCGUCUUUCUCCCUCAGGAGUUGGGUAGGGAGCUGGGUUCUCCUCCCUGGGAGCUUAGAUGAUUCCUGCUCGCUGAACCUGUUGGAGUGUGGGGCGUUUGGUUCAGAAUCAAUGGUUCCAGUGGACCAGCUGCCUCUGAGGAGAAUCCUGGCGUCCUUGAGUUUUCCCAGAAGUGGUUAGGGUUUCAGGGAGGCGGCCCGUUGUGGGUGGCCGGGCAGCCUGCCCGCCUGCACCCGCCCACCUGCUCUGGCCUUUGCCUUGAGCCUGGCACUCGUGCCUCUCCCUCCCGCAGAAUGUCAGGAAGUGCCUGUUGCUGGGGCUCCGCCUGCCCGGCACCCCCCUCUCUGCUCACCUGGGAUCUGGGCAAGCCCAGGCUGUACCUAUCUGCCGAGCCCGGGGGUUAUAGCAGGAUUCUGGUAUGCCCUAUCCCCCCAGUGGGCCUGCCCUGUGGCGCUCCGAGGAGCCGCGGCGGCUGUGGGCCUGGAAGUUCCAGGCCCAGGAUGCCAGGGCAGGGGGGCAGCCUCACCCCAAAGGUUCUGGGCGUGGGGAGGCGGAGACCCGGGAGUGCAUCUACUACAACGCCAACUGGGAGUUGGAGCGCACCAACCAGAGCGGCCUGGAGCGCUGCGAGGGCGAGCAGGACAAGCGGCUGCACUGCUACGCCUCCUGGCGCAACAGCUCCGGCACCAUCGAGCUGGUGAAGAAGGGCUGCUGGCUAGAUGACUUCAAUUGCUACGACAGGCAGGAGUGUGUGGCCACUGAGGAGAACCCCCAAGUGUACUUCUGCUGCUGUGAAGGCAACUUCUGCAACGAGCGCUUCACUCACUUGCCAGAGCCUGGGGGCCCAGAAGUCACGUACGAGCCACCCCCGACAGCCCCCACCCUGCUCACGGUGCUGGCCUACUCGCUGCUGCCCAUUGGGGGCCUCUCCCUCAUCGUCCUGCUGGCCUUCUGGAUGUAUCGACAUCGUAAGCCUCCCUACGGCCAUGUGGACAUCCAGGAGGACCCUGGGCCUCCACCUCCAUCCCCUCUGGUGGGCCUGAAGCCGCUACAGUUGCUGGAGAUCAAAGCUCGGGGUCGCUUUGGCUGCGUUUGGAAGGCUCAGCUCAUGAAUGACGUCGUAGCCGUGAAGAUCUUCCCACUCCAGGACAAGCAGUCGUGGCAGAGCGAACGGGAGAUCUUCAGCACGCCGGGCAUGAAGCAUGAGAACCUGUUGCAGUUCAUUGCUGCUGAGAAGCGCGGCUCCAACCUGGAGGUGGAGCUCUGGCUCAUCACAGCCUUCCACGACAAGGGCUCCCUCACGGAUUACCUCAAAGGGAACAUCAUCACGUGGAAUGAACUGUGUCAUGUGGCGGAGACGAUGUCACGAGGCCUCUCCUACCUGCAUGAGGAUGUGCCCUGGUGCCGUGGCGAGGGCCACAAGCCUUCUAUUGCCCACAGGGAUUUCAAAAGCAAGAAUGUACUGCUGAAGAGUGAUCUCACUGCUGUGCUGGCCGACUUUGGCCUGGCUGUUCGGUUUGAGCCAGGGAAGCCUCCAGGGGACACCCAUGGGCAGGUUGGCACCAGACGGUACAUGGCCCCUGAGGUGCUGGAGGGAGCCAUCAACUUCCAGAGAGACGCCUUCCUGCGCAUCGACAUGUAUGCUAUGGGGCUGGUGCUGUGGGAGCUUGUGUCCCGUUGCAAGGCUGCAGAUGGGCCUGUCGACGAGUACAUGCUGCCCUUUGAGGAGGAGAUUGGCCAACACCCUUCCCUGGAGGAGUUGCAGGAGGUGGUUGUCCACAAGAAGAUGAGGCCCACCAUUAAGGAUCACUGGCUGAAGCAUCCGGGCCUGGCGCAGCUCUGUGUGACCAUUGAGGAGUGCUGGGACCACGAUGCAGAGGCUCGCCUUUCCGCAGGAUGCGUGGAGGAGCGGGUGUCCCUGAUCAGGAGGUCGGUCAACGGCACUACCUCGGACUGUCUAGUCUCUCUGGUGACCUCUGUCACCAAUGUGGACCUGCUCCCUAAAGAGUCCAGCAUCUAAGCCCAGGACACAAGCGUCUCUUCAGACUCAGUGGAUCUGAAGAAAAAAAGGAAAGAAGUUGUGUUUUGUUUUGGAAAUCCCAUAAAACCAACAAACACAUAAAAUGCAGCUGCUAUUUUACCGUGACUUUUAUUAUUAUUAUAAUUAUUAUAAUUAUUAUUAAUAAUAUUAUUUUUGGAUCGGAUGAGUUUUUACCAGCAUAUUGUUCUACUGUAUCGCAAACAGCGGACAUGUCAGCAGGCGUUGAGGUGCUGAGCUGUAAACGCAGAGCCAGCGCCCUGCUGAAGAGCCUCAGCCACUCCUGCCCUUUG